AUGAAUCAGGCUUUCAGAAAAUCAUCUAUGGAUCUUCUACAAACAUAUGCAGAUAAUAGUGAUAGUGAUGACCAAAAUCGCCAACCAUCUACUUCAUCUCCAGACUCUUCACCUCCACGACUCAUCCCCUCCAAAUCUGCUGCACCUAAGGUUGAUGACACAAUGCUGGCCCUAACUGCAGCAAAAACACACCAAGCCCAUUCAAAGCCCAUUGACCCAACUCAGCAUGUUGUUGCCUUCAACCCAACUUAUGACCAACUCUGGGCUCCUAUUUAUGGCCCAGCUCAUCCAUAUGCCAAGGAUGGCAUUGCCCAGGGCAUGCGCAACCACAAGCUGGGAUUUGUUGAGGAUGCCUCCAUUGAGUCCUUCGUUUUUGAUGAGCAAUACAACACCUUCCACAAAUAUGGUUAUGCUGCUGAUCCUUCAGGAAACAACUAUAUUGGUGAUUUGGAUGCUUUGCAGAAGAAUGAUGCCAUUUCAGUCUAUAACAUCCCUCAACAUGAGCAAAAGAAGCGAAAAAUUGAGAAAAGGAAGGAAAUGGAAGUGGAGGAGGAUGAGGUUGUGGGUGGUGAGGGUGAGGUUGAUCCAACAGAGAUUGAGAAUCCAGCUAGUGAUGUGUGGUUGAUGAAGAAUAAAACGAGUCCUUGGGCAGGUAAAAAAGAGGGGGUGCAAACAGAGUUGACUGAGGAGCAGAAGAAGUAUGCAGAGGAGUAUGCAAAGAAGAAAGAAGAGAAAGGCCAUCCAGGUGAGAAAGGGGAGCAUGUGGUGGAUAAGACUACUUUUCAUGGAAAAGAGGAGAGAGACUACCAAGGCAGGUCUUGGAUUGCACCUCCUAAAGAUGCAAAAGCAACAAAUGAUCAUUGUUAUAUACCAAAGAGAUUAGUACACACUUGGAGUGGGCACACAAAGGGAGUUUCAGCUAUUCGCUUCUUCCCCAAAUAUGGGCAUUUGAUUCUCUCUGCAGGGAUGGAUACUAAAGUGAAGAUCUGGGAUGUGUUUAAUUCAGGCAAGUGUAUGAGGACAUACAUGGGUCAUUCAAAGGCAGUAAGAGAUAUUUCAUUUUGUAAUGAUGGCACUAAAUUUUUGACUGCUGGAUAUGAUAAGAACAUCAAGUAUUGGGAUACUGAAACUGGGCAGGUUAUUUCAACUUUCUCAACUGGGAAGAUUCCUUAUGUGGUUAAGCUUAACCCGGAUGAAGAUAAGCAGAAUAUUCUGUUAGCGGGUAUGAGUGAUAAGAAGAUUGUGCAGUGGGAUAUUAACACUGGGCAAAUUACCCAAGAGUAUGAUCAGCAUUUAGGGGCAGUGAAUACGAUUACAUUUGUCGAUAACAAUAGGAGAUUUGUUACUUCAAGUGAUGACAAGUCACUUCGAGUAUGGGAAUUUGGAAUUCCUGUUGUCAUAAAGUAUAUUAGCGAACCUCACAUGCACUCUAUGCCAUCAAUUUCACUUCACCCCAACACAAAUUGGCUUGCAGCUCAGAGUUUGGAUAAUCAAAUUCUUAUUUACAGCACUAGGGCAAGAUUUCAGCUUAACAAGAAAAAAAGGUUUGCUGGGCACAUUGUGGCUGGCUAUGCUUGCCAAGUAAAUUUUUCACCAGAUGGACGGUUUGUUAUGUCUGGAGAUGGAGAGGGUAAGUGCUGGUUUUGGGACUGGAAAAGCUGCAAGGUAUUUAGAACUUUAAAGUGUCAUGAAGGUGUUUGCAUUGGGUGCGAGUGGCAUCCAUUGGAGCAAAGUAAAGUUGCAACUUGUGGCUGGGAUGGCUUGAUUAAGUACUGGUGA